GUCAGUGAAAGACUGAGACUGAUCACUUCGACUGCGUUUUCCUCGGGGAUAUAAAAAAGACAAAAGCCAGCCAUGUCUGAAGCUCCGAGAAAAUCAAAGAUCUCUGCAUCACGCAGACUGAAUCUCAAGACGAAGCUGCUGAAAAUGGCGGCGGUGAUGCUGGAGAAGGAGAAGGAGCAGAAGCAGCUGGACAGAGACGCCGCCCUGCAGGAGAGGGUUCCUCCACUGCAGCUGUCUGGUUUGUCCCUUCAGGACCUUCAGACUCUGUGCAAAGACCUGCACCAAAAGAUCGAUGUGGUGGAUGACGAGCGCUACGACAUUGAGGCGAAGGUGGUCAAAAAUGAAAAGGAGAUAGAGAAUCUUUCUCUGAAGAUCUUCGAGCUGAAGGGUAAGAUGAAGCGGCACGCUCUCAAGAGGGUGAAGAUCUCCGCUGACGCCAUGCUGGGAGCUCUGCUGGGUGCAAAGGUCAAAGAGUCCGUGGACUUCAAGGCCAACCUCAAGACUGUGAAGAAGGAGGAGGAGAAGAAAGAGGAAGUGACUGACUGGCGUAAGAACGUGGAGGCCAUGUCUGGCAUGGAGGGAAGGAAGAAGCUGUUUGACGCCGGACAAUAAAUGUACAUUUUGGUCCAGUGAACGCACAAAUAAA